UCAACAACCACGACCACCAAGCUGCAACCGGGAGCCUACAUAUACACAGGACUAGGGAGAAGGAGAGGGAUAAAGGCGCACCGCCGGACCCUUAGCCGCCGGGGGGAGCAUCGCAUUUCGACCACCAUCUUGAUAGCCCGCCGCGAAGGCUUCACAUGGUGCAUUCUGCACGCUGUCCGACGAGAGACACGGGCGUCUAUAGGACCAGAGCAAUGUAGCUCCUCAUCCUUCGAGGCCGACUGAUCCCCUGAGGAGCGACCCCCUGCGUCGUCGCCUCUCCGUGAUUCACGCAUCGACCCAGAACCCGGACUGGCCUAUCAUCCCGCCCAGCCCCAGCACACCCGCGAUGCCACCGCUGCCGCAUGACAGGGUCAGUUGGGAUGCGCGUCUGCUUCUCCGAGUGCGUCUGCGUCUUCUUCUUCCGUGUCUCUCUCUGGCGUGUCUCUGCGAUCGCCCGCUCGACUCCAGUUCAGCGGCUCUGCUUGCCGUCUGCGUGCUCCUUCCCUUUCUGCUUCUCUGCUUGUUGACUGCUGCAUGCCUGCUGCCUACCGGUCUUCUUGCGCAGACCAGGUGCAAUGGCCGCACUGAGUACUGCACUCGUCGCUACGCAGAUGUCCGCCUUGUUGGCGCGCACAACUCCCCAUUUGUCGGCUAUUUGCCCCAGCACAAUCAGGAGAUCUCUGUAACGAAGCAACUUGACCUGGGCAUUCGGUUCCUGCAAGGCCAGACACGCGUACACGAAGAAAAGAAGACCCUGAACAUGUGCCAUACGUCGUGCUUUCUCGAGGAUGCAGGACCCGUUGAAGACUUCCUGAGCACGAUCAAGACGUGGCUCGAUGGCCAUCCCGAAGAGGUGGUCACCCUCCUUCUCACGAAUGGCGACUACGUGGACGUCAACAGAUUCGAUGAGGCCUUUACAAAGAGCGGAAUCAAGAAAUACGUAUUUGUUCCGCCGUCUGCCCCGGAUGCUCUGCCGAUGGAUUCCUGGCCUAUGCUGGGCAACUUAAUCAGUUCCGGCAAAAGAUUGAUCGUGUUUCUAGACUACAAAGCAGACAUGCCCAAGUUUCCAUACAUCUUGGACCAGUUUGCCUACUUCUUUGAGACGCCAUUUUCCACCACCGAUCCUAAGUUCCCGCAAUGCAAGAUCGAUCGUCCUCCAAACGCGAAGGCUGACGGAAGACUCUACUUGGUAAAUCACACACUGAACGUUGAUAUCUUUGGUGUGAUCGUCCCCGAUCGCAUCAGAGCGCCAAAGACAAAUGCAGCCACCGGCGAAGGAAGCAUAGGCGCACAUGUCGAUCUGUGCAACUCGAUAUAUGAUCGCAAACCCAAUGUUGUUCUACUAGAUUUUAUCAACCAGGGGGAAGUUUUCAAGGCACAAAAUCAGAUGAAUGGAUUUUAACAACUUUAUGCUAAACAUAGAUUCUUUGAUUCGUUGAACAA